AAAUCAGAUUAACACUCACCCCAACGUCACAUUCACAAGACAAGUUCUCAUCCCACAGCCGUAAACUGUUUGCGGCCACCUACGAGGACCUUGCCAAGAAGAUGCUUGCCUACACAACCCCAACGGACACAGCUCUGUACCGGCGCAUCCCGGCUAACACGACAGGCCUCGCCAGCAUCCUCUUCUUCAUCGAGCGACUCCAGAGGUGCUACAUACCCACGGGGGAGAAGCCUGUUAGCAUGGGAGUUGCUGCUGGCUGGUACAUGUUGUCAGCUCUCCUACAACAAGGCUCCAACACCUACCCAAUCAGCACUGCAGCACGGGUAAUCUACUGGGUUGGCUACAGUGUGUCCCUCAUUGUGUACACAUCAUACUCUGCCACACUGGUCUCACAUCUUGCUGUGGAGCAGCCUGCACCUCUGCCAUUCAGCAACCUGCGGGACCUGUCUAGGCAGUCAGGCUGGGAUGCUGGAUGCAACAACAAUGACCUCUUCCAAGUGACAGCCUCGGUGGGUCCUUGGCUUCUUGCUGUGUGAACUGAUAUACCAUCCAGUGGUUGAGAGUUGAGGAGAGAGAGAGAGAGAGAGAGAGAGAGAGAGAGAGAGAGAGAGAGAGAGAGAGAGAGAGAGAGAGAGAGAGAGAGAGAGAGAGAGAGAGAGAGAGAGAGAGAGAGAGAGAGACAGAGAGAGAGAGAGAGAGAGAGAGAGAGAGAGAGAGAGAGAGAGAGAGAGAGAGAGAGAGAGAGAGAGAGAGAGAGAGAGAGAGAGAGAGAGAGAGAGA